UUGCGUACAGACUAACAUUCACUGCGUAAGAGGACAUGAGUAAUGAGUAGAUGCAAACUUAUUUCCUUGUUCAUGUUUGUCUUUCUGUUUGACUGACACCAAAUUAUUCGUUUAACAUUAUAUGUUUGGAUUCAACCACUUAACAGGUGGCUUUCUCCGAGCAGUUGUGAUAGAUAAGGCAGAUUCAUCAUGUAGGGGAAGUAGAGAUUAUCGGUGUUAGAGAUUAUCUGGUGCUCUAGGACAUGAUCUACACAUUUCUACAGUGCAAAUUUCUUUGGAUUGGAUAUAAUUUCUGUGAUACAGAACAAUCUAUGGCUCUGCUUUUUGAAAGUGUUGGAUAUAAAAGUAGGUCUCAUGAAAUUGUCAUUCGGAAGGAUCUGUAAUGAUGGCACUGAGUCCCCUGACGGCCAAUCCUGGUCGAGGGAGCGUGGCGAUUAUACGCAGGAUGAGCAUGGAGACAUUUAUGGUUCGGAUUUAUACUGGACCGCUCAGCCAGGAACACGAGUUUGUCUCCGUUGAAGCGGAGAAGAUAACCACGGCAGACGAUGUGGUAAAAGUUGCUGCCAAAAAGCUGAGUUUACGCGAUCCAGAUAAUUACGAAUUGGCUGAAGUGUUAAGCACUGCAGGCCAGUUGUGUAAAGAAAGACGAUUAGAAGAUGGAGAAAACCCUGUGCGAAUUCAGUUGUUAUGGCCGACUAAAAUAGUAAAUGCAGAUGUUGAUCGAGGCCAUGGACUGCAUACUGGUUACAGAUUUUAUAUACGUAAAAAGAAUCGUGAAAAUUCCAACAGAACGUCAUUGUGGAUAGAAUAUACAGAUCCGAACCCAGUAGAUAACUUUCUUACAGCAUUCUUAAAGCAGCCCACAAGCAAUAAAGAAUAUUCAGACCUAUGCAACUUACCUGACCUCAAUGAGAGAACGUUAUUAGAAAAUAUCAAAUCUAGAUUUCACAAUGCAAACAUAUAUACUUAUGUAGGAUCUAUAUUGAUAGCUGUAAAUCCAUUUAAAUUCUUUCCUAUAUACAAUCCAAAAUUUGUCAAAGAGUAUCAAUGCAAACGUUUGGGCGAACGUCCGCCACAUAUAUUUGCGAUUGCGGAUGCAGCUUUUCACACUAUGUUGCGGACCAAGAAGAACCAGUGCAUUGUCAUAUCAGGGGAGUCUGGGAGCGGGAAAACAGAAAGUACGAACUUGUUGCUGCAUCAUUUAACGGCUUUAAGUCACAAGGGAUUACAUGGUAGCGGAGUGGAACAAACUAUCCUCGGAGCUGGACCUGUACUUGAGGCAUUUGGGAAUGCAAAGACUGUGCACAACAACAACUCGAGCCGUUUUGGGAAGUUCAUACAAGUCAAUUAUAAAGAAAAUGGAAUGGUUCAUGGUGCUAUUGUGGAGAAAUACCUGCUAGAAAAAUCUAGAAUUGUCUCACAAGCCAGCAAUGAAAGGAAUUACCACGUAUUUUACUACCUGCUUGAAGGAGCUGACAACUUGGAGAGAGAAAAGCUUCGUCUUGGUAAACCAGAGGAUUAUUUCUACUUGAGACAGAGUGACUGUUACAAUGUGGAAGAUCUCGAUGAGGCAAAUGAAUUCUCUCGUCUUAAACAGUCCAUGGAGAUGGUCGCAUUUUCUCAAGUUACACAAAAAAGAAUAUUUGGUGUACUGUCAGCUGUGUUACAUCUAGGAAAUGUCACCUUUAAGAAGAAAGGAGACCAGCACCAUGAUGAGUCUGUUACCAUUGUAAAUCCCGAGACAAUAACCAUUAUCUCCAAGCUUCUUAUGGUGAAAGAGCGCACCCUGGUUGAGGCACUUACUCAAAAGAAAACCGUAGCGGGAGAUGAAACUGUCGUUAUGACUCAUCGGAUGGAACAUGCUGUAGCAACUCGAGAUGCCAUGGCAAAGUGUUUGUAUGGAGCUUUAUUUGACUGGAUUGUUCUCAAAGUAAACCAAGCCCUGCUGGCAAAAAGACACAACAGUGAACAUCAGGCUGCUGAUAGUACAGAUAAAACAAAUUACGUUAGACACACGGGUAAUUCAAUAGGUGUAUUGGACAUAUUUGGUUUUGAAGAUUUUAGAUGGAACAGUUUUGAACAGUUCUGUAUCAACUAUGCAAAUGAACAUCUUCAAUACUAUUUCAAUCAGCACAUCUUCAAAUUUGAACAGGAGGAGUAUAAAAAAGAGGGUAUACAAUGGAAGAACAUAGAGUUUAUAGACAAUACAGGCUGUCUUGAGUUGUUCUCAAGAAAAGGCAAUGGUCUCUUCUCUCUGCUCGAUGAGGAAUGCAAUUUCCCUGGAGCAAGUAAUGAGACACUGUUGUCCAAGUUCCAUCAUCACCAUUCAAGGGGUAAUGUUUACUAUGAGGCACCACAGAAGAAGGAGAUGGCAUUUGCUGUCCUCCACUAUGCUGGAAAAGUCAAAUAUCAAACCAAGGAUUUCCGAGAGAAGAACAGCGACCAAAUACGGAUGGAUAUUGUGGCCAAUAUGAAGAGCAGUAGUCUUUCAUUUGUCAGGGAACUUAUGGGUGUUGAUCCUGUGGCUGUGUUACGAUGGACGAUUCUGAAAACUCUCAUCAAAAGUGUUUUUGCUUUUAUUAGAGCAGGAAAAACUUACAGACAUAGGGGAGGACCUGAUAUAUCUGUGAUACAGAGAAGAAAAACUUCAACAGACCAUCUCACAAUUCCAGAUCUUGGCUCCUCCCACUUUCUAAGUUUCUACACAUGUGCGCAAACCAUCAAGCUUAUCAAGAAAAUUCACCCGCGUCGUAUAUCCCCAACUGACCCACCCAAGCACCGCUCUCCCCGCUCCUCUGUGCAUGAUAAGCGCCACAGUCAUAGGGACAACAAUUAUGGGACAGAUGAUGAAGAUGAUGAUGUAUUUAUGUCAGGUCAGCGACAUUCCUCCAGUUUACGGAGUCCUGUAGACGCGUACUUGUCCGAGGAUGAUGCACGUGUUAUGAGACGCGCUACUAAAGUAUUGAUGAAAAACAAAUCGUUCAAGCCAAAGUCAAGGCCACAAACAAUGUUUUCAGACAUAAAGACACUGAAAGCCAUUGCAAAUCGUACCAUAUACAUCGGUGGUAAAGUGAACACAAAACAGAAACCACCAAGUGUUGGUGCUCAAUUCCAGUGGUCUUUAUCACGACUGAUGGCGACACUGAACCAGGCAAAUCCAUUCUUUAUCCGAUGUAUCAAAUCUAAUGCGGAAAAAUUGCCGUGUAAGUUGGAUGACGUUCUGGUUCUACGGCAGCUUCGCUACACUGGAAUGCUCGCUACAGUUCGUAUCCGACAGUCCGGGUACAAUUACAGACUUCUAUUUGAGGAAUUUGUUCAGCUGUACAAGAUUCUACUGCCGAAAGGUUUAUCGAGUGGAAAGGAAGACGUGUCGCAAUUUCUGGAGAGUAUGAACAUGAACCAGGACAAUUACCAGAUCGGAAAAACCAAGGUGUUUCUACGUGAAACAGAGAAGUUGUUAAUAGAUGAGUGCCUUCAUCAUGCCAUUAUGAAACGUGUGAUCACUAUCCAGAGAUGGGUGAAAACAAAAGUUGAGCGAAGGAACUACAUCCAACUGAGAGAAAGUACUGUCAUCUUACAGAAAUACAUUAGACGGUUCAUUGCUCAGCGAAGAGUAGAAAUGUUCCGAGAAGCUGUAUUGUUGAUACAGCGUUGCUAUCGAGGCUCAAGAGAAAGAAAGAACUACCAUCUUGUCCGACGUAGUGCCAUACGUAUUCAGGCUCAUGUCAAAGGCCAUUUAUGCCGAAAAAGUUCACGACACAAGGGCAUGUGUGAGAAAAGCAGGUAUCGCGAGAUGGAAGCUGAGCUACGGCGACAGAGAGCUGAACGUGAGGCAGUUAAACAGGCAGAGGACAUGCACUCGUCUACAAGUGAUGAAGGGGUACUUCUCAAAGACAAUAGUGCUGAUGAGCUUGAGUUACAAGGUGCUCAGUAUCAGCGGAGAGACUCUGAAGAAAGCAGUGGUAUAUUGGAUGACUCUGAAUCAGACACACUCUCAGAGGCAAAAAGCAGGGGGGAUUCUGUAUCUUCCCCUCCGGCCACACCCACAAGCCAGGGCCCCGAGAUAUAUAUUGAAAGCUUGCCAGGCUCAAAGGACAAGUUUCUCACAGAGACUGGCCGAUCUUCAAGAGUGCAAGACUUGGCUAAAAAGUUUCAAUCUCCAGGGAGUCAGACAUCAGAUGACGUUGAUGGUCGACCCACGCCUGACAUCAUAUAUGUUCCACGGGGAUCAUCUGCUAGAAAAAGGCCGCCUAAAAUGUCACCCGCUCCUCUAGCGAAGCAGGAGUCUUUCUCAGACCUGGUUGAUCUAGUUGAUGGCAAACUUGUUCAAGAUUCUCCCACGGCAUCCGAUGUACGAGUGUCACCACUUUCUCCAGAAAAAAUGCAGCUGGUUGAAGACGCUCUCAAGAAACCAAGGAGUCAUACAGGAGAAAGUCUGCAUGCAUCAGCAGAAGAUGUUUCCAUUAGUCCAUUCAAACGUGUAAUGAAAGGAGCCAAGCAUUUUGUUGUUAGUCAAGAAAAUUUACGUGAAACUAAGAGUUACCCUUGUGCACCAGAGAGCGCUACGUUAAAACGUAAGAUGUCCUUGUCGUCAACCUUACUGAGACGUACAAAAUCCUCAAUAAAAAUGCUGCGAGACAUGAAGAGUGGUGGACAAAGGAAGAAGAAAGACUCACAGGCGGAGGAAAGUGAUGAAGACGUGGAACACUCCCCUGUCGCCAAACAUAUGUUACAUACAGGUGGGGUACCGGUACUUCCACAUCAUCCAAGCAUGCCAUUAUCUCCAAAAUCUCCAGUGAAAGAUGAGAAUAUUUUCUCUGAGGAUGAGCAGGAGAAGAAGGCUAUACAGAAGAAGAGACGUACAAGGAAAGGAGAGAAAGAUAAAGAGAAUCGACCAAUGGAAGUGCAGAAAGGCUGGAAUCUUGCUAAAACUUCACAAUGGCAAUAUCCAGAGGAAUUUGUGAUAACAGAAACAUAUGAACUACAACUGCUAGAUGAGUUCAUCAGUAGAAAGAUAAUUGUGUUGGUCAAAGACACUGGGAAGAAGGAGUCUCAGUUUGAUAUUGUGUUCAAGAAAUGUCUCAAGUCAUUCCAUUCCGAACUGAAAAGUAUGCUCUCAUUGUCCAUGCAGAAGGAAGGAUCAAAAGAAGAUGGCUGCAAUAUAAAAUAUCGUGUUUUAUUCGCAAUGUUUGAAUCAACAAUGAGAGGAACAUGUGAAGAGCAGAAAGUGGACGCUGAAUUUCCAGUGACUUUAUGUAUAAAUGCAUUCCGCAGUUACCUAGACGAGUUUAGAAAUAGUGUAAAUAGUAAAAAGAAAGACAGUAAAUUUAAAAAGAAAAAAGAAAGACAAAAUAGGAGAGAUAACAAGAAGAAAGAUAUUAUAGAAUAUCAAGGCCAUAAAUUUUCCCAAGUGCAAUUUGGAAUUCCAACAUUCUGUGAAUUGUGUUCAAAUAUUAUAUGGAUCAUGGAGAAAGGUCAUGUGUGCCAAAUUUGUAAAUAUGCCUGCCAUAGAAAAUGUGUUUACAAGUCAACCUCAACUUGUAAAGGUGCUCAAGACUUGAAUAAUCAGCUUUUCUCCCAACCUCCAAAACCGUACAGCGUUAUCGUUGGUCCAUCUGUAAACUGUGUCUUCAGACAGUUCAAUGCCAUAACCCAGAGGAUAGUUGGUACAAAGGUGUUCGGUGUUUCGUUACAAAGUCUAGUAGGGCCGGAAGACACGAUACCCGUGUUCAUGGACAAUCUGAUCAUGCUGAUUGAAACUCAUGGACUAUUUACUGAAGGAAUAUACAGAAAAUCUGGGGCAGCACCCAAAAUCAACCAGCUCAAGACUGUCCUAGAUAAUGGUGUAACAGAGAUCAGUAUAGAGGACAACCCAGUGCAUGUGCUGACGAGUACGUUGAAGACAUUCUUCCGAGAGUUACCAGAGCCGUUGCUCACUUUUGAAUUUUAUGACGAAUUUAUACAAGCUUCAGAAAUCCAUGAUGAGAAGGAAGCCAUACAAGUUCUGUUUUCCCUCAUAGAGAGAUUGCCUAAAGUAAAUCAUGAUGUUUUAGAAAGACUUAUAUUCCAUUUGGCAAGAGUGGCUCAGCAUGAGAAGAACAACAAGAUGUCAGUAAACAGUCUAGCUAUUAUAUUUGCUCCAUGUUUAUUGAGAACCAACAGGAUUGUUCAGGCACAGGACAUGAUAAUGCAGGUGUCACGACAACAAUUAUGUAUUGAGAAGAUUUUACAAGAGCAGCUGUACAAGCUGAAGGCUACGUUACAGGAUAUAAAUACACUGGAAUCUGCCGAGGCUACAGCCAAUGAGAGGCUGUCUGUUGUCCGGGCCAGCAUGAGAAACUCUACAAAUGUUGGUAAGAAGCAGGUGCAGGUACAGCCAAGUUUAUCAGAAGAUACUGAAACACUGGAGGAGCAGGAACGUGUCAUAAACUCUCAUAUACAGUCUUUACGUAUUGAAAAAGAGUCAUUGACGAACACCUUGCCAGUGUUUGAGUACCGCCACAGCUCAGAUGAUGAAAUGUUGUCAGCAGACGACAUUGAAUCCACAGACGAUAGCGAAUAUCAGGCGGAAGACCCUAAUUUUGAGACUCCUGCUAAAGCCCCAACCCAGUUGAAACAUUUGACCAAACAUCGGGUAGAGGUUCCAGGUAAACGUCGCCCUCCAACGCAAUUAUUUAAACAGCGCAGUAUGGAUGACAUGGACACAUUAGAAAAAGAAACGUCCGAACAAUUUCUUAACGGAAAACAUUCAUGUAGUACUGAAGACAAUACAUAUAUGUUCAAAUAUUCGUCUUCGAACAAAUCCACUGUUAAUCAGGGUGAGCGACGACAACUGCUGGACAGUUUAGAUUUACACUCGCCAGAUUCUCGCAGCAUUGAUCAAACUCGUAAAAAAGUUGGAGAACAUUUCAAAAAGGUGAAAGGCAAACAAACAAGUGCACUGAGCAAACAGCUCAGAGAAUCAGAUCAAAUUGUUGUCUCAUCGGAAACUCUUUCAACUGCUAUAGCAAAAGACUCUUUAUAUUUGCUUAAACCAAAGUUAUAUCAAGACGCUCUAUCGCCAAAAUUAAAAACCAAAUCCCCAAAAUCUCAUUUAUACAGUCAGGUUCCAAGUAAAACUGAUUUAAGUCGAAGUAAACCUGUGCAAGAAAAAAAGAGAAAAUCCCCUGGAAAGGAUUAUGACGUUCUAGUCGGGACAUCACCACAACACCAAAUGCAACUGUCGUCCAGACCGUUGAGACUUACGUCAGGUCAUGCAAAUCCAGAGAGAAUGUCAUCAUAUGACAACACAAACUUGUCUGUGAUGGAAAAUAGUGACCCAGAAGAUGAAAUUAUGGUUUAAAAAAUACAAUGGAAAAUAAUAAUGUUCUAAAAUUUACCAUUUUUAGCUCAUCUGAUUUUUUGAAAAAAAAUGAUGAGUUAUUGUCAUCACUUGAGCGGUUGUCGGCGUCGGCGUCGGUGUCGGCGUCGGCGUCGGCGUCUGCGUCGGCGUUGCCUGGUUAAGUUUUAUGUUUAGGUCAGCUUUUCUCCUAAACUAUCAAAGCUAUUGCUUUGAAACUUGGAAUACUUGUUCACCAUCAUAAGCUGACCCUGUAUAGCAAGAAACAUAACUCCAUCUUGCUUUUUGCAAGAUUUAUGGCCCCUUUUGUACUUAGAAAAUAUCAGAUUUCUUGGUUAAGUUUUAUGUUUAGGUCAACUUUUCUCCCAAACUGUCAAAGAUAUUGCUUUGAAACUUGGAAUACUUGUUUACCGUCAUAAGCUGACCCUGUACAGCAAGAAACAUAACUCCAUCUUGCUUUUUGCAAGAUUUAUUGCCCCUUUUGGACUUAGAAAAUCAGUUUUCUUGGUUAAGUUUUAUGUUUAGGUCAGCUUUUAUCCUAAACUAUCAAAGCUAUUGCUUUAAAACUUGCAACACUUGUUCACCAUCAUAAGUUGACCCUGUACAGCAAGAAACAUAACUCCAUCCUGCUUUUUGCAAGAUUUAUGGCCCCUUUUGGACUUAGAAAAUAUCAGAUUUCUUGGUUAAGUUUUAUGUUUAGAUCAACUUUUUCUCUUAAACUAUCAAAGCUAUUGCUUUGAAACUUGCAACACUUGUUCACCAUCAUAAGCUGACCCUGUACAGCAAGCAGCGUAACUCCAUCCUGAUUUUUGCAAUAAUUAUUGCCCCUUUUGGACUUAGAAAAUCAUUUUCUUGGUUGAGUAUUAUGUUUAAGUCAACUUUUCUCAUAAACUAUCAAAGCUAUUGCUUUAAAACUUGCAACAGUUUUUCACCAUCAUAAGUGGACACUGUACAUCAAGAAACAUAACUCUAUCCUGCUUUUUGCAAGAAUGAUGGCCCUUUUUAGACUUAGAAAAUCAUGGGUAGGACAAUAUUUCUAUUACACAAAAAAAAUCAGAUGAGCGUCAGCACCCGCAAGGCGGUGCUCUUGUUUAAAGAUUAUUUUAAAUCGAUUGAGUAGGUCUUCUUUUCAGGCAGUCUCUGCUUGAUUUAUUUUUUCAAAAGCAAAAUAGGAAGUGAAAAUGAGGCUUCAUUAAGCAAUUUAUCUAUAUAUUUAUUAUUGUGCUGGUUCUUUUAAAUAUAGGGGGUGGAUCAGAAUAAUUUUCGGUCUGCACUUGAUUUUUACUGUAACACAAAACAAAAUAAAAAAAAUGAUGUAAUAUGAUCGGAUCAGUAUGAAUCAGCUGUAUACACAUAACAAAAGCAGAUAUAACAUUUUGCUCUGAAGCAGUUUUAUUAUCCACGACACCAGUUUUAAACUUAACUGCUCCCCCCCCCCACACACA